CAAAAUCAAAAUUUGAACUCUCAAAAAAUGCUAAAGACGUGCGUGAAGUAAAAAAAAAAAAAAAACCCAUCUUUACCAACGGUUUAACCUUUUCGUUCAGGAUCUGGGUUUGGAUCUUCGGUUCGAACAAACCCACAAACCCCAUCGUCAUCUCUCAAUUGAUUUAAACUUGUUCCAAGACGGCAAGAAGUGUUUCACGACGACUUUAAGGUCGUGAACCAUGUGAAAUUCUGUUGAUAACGAUACACGAUAAAUGGAGUCGCAAGUUCCCUUUACUCAUGAGGCUUCAAGCCAACCGGAUGAUGUAUUUGUUAAAGAUGUAAUCACAUCGGAAACAAAUUGUGUUACGUCUAAUCGGCCAGUGAAAAAACAAACACGACAAUGGGCAGCGUGGACGCGUCAAGAAGAAGAAAGCUUCUUUACUGCAUUACGGCAAGUUGGCAAGAAUUUUGAGAAGAUUACUUCUCGUGUGCAAAGUAAAAACAAGGAUCAGGUUAGACAUUAUUAUUAUCGUCUUGUAAGACGUAUGAACAAAUUGUUGGGCCCGGAACUUUCUCUUGAUGCCAAAAAUUCUAAAGAUACAAAUGCUGCUAUGCUUCGAUGGUGGUCUUUACUUGAAAAACAUAGCUGUAAAGCCUCAAAACUUCACUUGAAGCCUCGCAGAUUCAAGAUUUUCUUGGAGACUUUGGAGCACCAACUACUGAAAGACCGAAAGAAAAAUAUAAGAAAACGACCGAAUCAGGGAGGAAACUGUUCUACCACACCAACUAAUAAACCAGCAAGACAACGCCGUAGACAAGAUGCCUACAAAAAAUGGGAGAAAGCUGCAAUCGCUGGUGUUUCGUUGGUUGCUGAUGCUGCCGAACAUUUGGAACGGACAUCAUUGGAUCAAUUGGCUAAUACUGUUAAGAGUGUAAACGGUGACAAGGGUUCGGACCCAAUUGCGCCAAAUUUUAAUCAAAAUAUUAAACUUAAACUUCAACUCUUCCCCGUCGAUGAAAGCACACGCAGAUCGUUGGAAAGGGAUAAUCACAACCCGCAUCUGGAGUUGACUUUAAGUACACGAAAAAAAAUAUCAUCGGUUUUGGAACAUAUGAAUCGAAAAUGGGGUAGUUCUAGCAUAGCUUCUGGAGAACUGACACUUGUCCCUUAUUACGUUCAAACAUUAAAUAUAUUAAAUUGUCAAAAAUGGACUCGUGAUUCUGUUGUAAGCGCCGGGGAUGUAUAUGCAGCGAUCGGAAGUCCUUCAGUUUUCCGCUUAAGGUAUGGUUGGUUUGCAAAAGCGUUUUCAACACUGGAAUGGGCCGACAGUUUGACUAACAUAAGUGUUGGUGAUUUACUCUCCGAGUUAUCUCAUAAUCAAGAUGCUAACUGCGUUGAUUCACCGUUGCCACCUGGCUCGCCAUGUCAGCAACAGAUUUCAUUCAGUUGUGAUUCGUUUGAUGCUGCCAUUGCUGCACAUAUAAAUGGCAAAAAUGCCUUCCAGCCUACCGUUGUAUCUUCAAUUUGGGACGCAGAUGAAGCGUGUGACGCCUUUUCGUUCCCGAAAAAAGUACAAAUUCCAGAAAAUAAUUGUAGAGAUUCUGCAAAAGUGCGUUUGAUGGACGAGUGUAACUUUAAUGAAAAUCGUGAGGAUGUUUCCGCAAAGGAUGUCAAUUCGCUUACUGAUGCGUACUGGGCUGAUUCUUUAGGACCGUUAGAAUUGGAUGUACCAUCAUGUAGAUAUACUAACGACGUUAUAUUGAACGAAAGCAUUGGUGGAUUUAAUUGCCUUCUAAAUACCAGCCUUGAUGCUUUUCAUAAUUGUUCAUUCUUUGGUUCGGAGAAAAGAGAAACGACACCCUUAACAAAACUUGGAGCUCAAGAAACCGUUUCCUCGUAUCAAAAGGCUGACGGUGAGAUUUCAGGUUGAUUUUACACAAGCGGAACCACAUGCAUUUGCUGAUUUAACGUUUUCUUUCGUGUUAAUAUGAUAUCCCAUAUCGCGAUCUGACUUUAGCGUCUUCAGAAGGGCUCGAUUUUCGUUAUAGGAGACUUUUUUUUUUUUUUUUUCUAAUGUUGUACAAAGGUAAUCAUUAAUUUGAGGUCUGUUGAGACAUUUGUUUCGAGAUUUCCUUGGAAAUGUGCCCUAUAAAUAUAUGGUCAAUGAUCGGAAAAUGCAUCGUUGUUUUGUUGAAGA